CGCGGCGAGCCCGUGGCCCCUCAGCUCCCGCGACAUGGCGCUCAGGCGGCGGCCGGCGGGUUGGCUCUGCGCGCGGCUGCCCGGCCUCGUCCUCCUGCUGCUGCUCAGGGGUUGCUUGACCGGGGCCGUGAAUCUCAAGUCCAGCAACCGGACCCCAGUGGUCCAGGAGUUUGAAAGUGUGGAACUAUCCUGUAUCAUUACGGAUUCACAGACGACUGACCCCAGGAUUGAAUGGAAGAAAAUUCAAGAUGACCAAACCACAUAUGUGUUUUUUGACAACAGAAUUCAGGGAGAUUUGGCAGGUCGUGCAGAACUAUUGGGGAAGACCUCCCUCAGGAUCUGGAACGUGACCCGGACAGAUUCAGCCCUUUAUCGCUGUGAGGUGGUUGCUCGAAACGACCGCAAAGAAAUUGAUGAGAUUGUCAUUGAGUUAACUGUACAAGUGAAGCCAGUAUCUCCUGUAUGCAGAGUCCCGAAGGCUGUCCCUGUGGGCAAGACGGCCACGCUGCACUGCCAGGAGAGCGAGGGCUACCCCCGGCCCCACUACAGCUGGUACCGCAAUGAUGUGCCGCUGCCCACAGAUUCCAGAGCCAAUCCCAGAUUUCGAAACUCCUCUUUUCUCUUAAACUCUGAAACAGGCACUCUGGUUUUCAGUGCUGUUCACAAGGACGACUCUGGGCAGUAUUACUGCAUCGCUUCCAAUGACGCAGGCUCGGCCAGAUGUGAGGAGCAGCAGAUGGAAGUCUAUGACCUGAACAUUGGCGGCAUCGUUGGCGGGAUCCUGGUGGUUUUUGCCGUCCUGGCCCUGAUAACGGUGGGCAUCUGCUGCGCAUACAGACGGGGUUACUUCGUCAAUAAUAAACAGAAUGGCGAAAGUUACAAGAAUCCAGGGAAGCCAGAUGGCGUGAACUAUAUCAGGACAGAUGAGGAGGGCGACUUCAGACACAAGUCAUCAUUUGUCAUCUGACUGUGACGGUGUGGCUGGGGGAGCACAUGCAAAUACCUCUACCAGAACCUCCUGGCAAGAGCGGCCCGGGAGCCAAGUGCACCCGGACAGAGCUAGACACUUGCGCAAAAGCUUUUUGUUUUGGCCAAAGUUGACCGCUACUCCUUUCUUACUUUUUUAACAAGCCACAUGAAUAAAAGAAUUUUCCUCGAGAUGGGCACGGUCAUCACAAGGAAAAAACUGCAUUUCCCUGAGGCUGACUCCCCAUCUGUUUCUGGCCUCGCUCUUACCUGCGUGUUGGGGUGAUUGGGAAGCUCUCCCUCACAGGCUGGGCUGCGCACCGCGGGCCUGUGAAGCCAGUUUGCCACUCACCUCCAUCAGCCAGGGGGAGUCCGUAUGUGGGACGACAGCCACGGGGCGCCGGCGUGGCAGGGCUGGGAGCACCACCCCCUGCGACACCCUCUGAUGGCAGUUUGACCCAGUGAAUCCAGAACAGAGGCAUUUGAUGCGAUGAUCUUGUUUUACAGCGGCCCACGCACAGCACUGCACUGAUCCUUGAAGGUUUUGUUGAUCAGUAUUCUAGCAUCCAUCUUGGAAAAUCUCUCUGCAUCAGGAUAUUAUAAAAGCAGCCCAACUGGGAAGGUAGAUUGCUUGUUGGAAGAAGGGAUCUUCUCACCUGUAGGAACCCUGUUUGUCCGGGGUGGGGUGAGGCAAUGUUUCAGUAUUUACAGAAAACCAUCUUCGGUGAAAUCUGAAAUGGUACUGAAAUAACGUUCUGCUUUUCUAUGGGUGUUAAUUUUAUAAAAUUUUACAUUCUAAAUUUUUGCUAAAGAUGUAUUUUGGUUAUUGAAAAGGAAAUUUCUAUUUAAACUGUAAAUAUGUUGUCAUACAGUGUUUAAUAACCUAUUUUUUUAAAAAAAUUUCAACGUAAGGUAGUAAUUUUCAAGCUACUAGUGUUAAAUUGGAAAACACCAGUAAUUAAAAAGUAUCUUAACCCACCAAAUCCUCUUGAGGCUUACUGGAACAUUCCUUUUUCCCACAUAAGCUUCAGCAUUUUUCACAGGAGAACUUAGUCUAUACACCAGACCAGUGUUACUUAGAAAACCUUUAAAACAAUUCCAGUUGAAUAAUGUCAAGAUCUGUUUGGAUUUCUGUGAAAGAAACGGAAGGAGCUUCAGGUUGGCUUUGACCGGCCUCUUCUUAGAACACUCAAACUGCCCGUGCCCCGAGGGCGCCCAGAAGUGCUCGCAUUAGGAGCCAUGUCACUAGGCCCCCGAGCCCCGCGCCCUACGCUGUCGGUGCUGGCUGCUAACUCUGAAGGCCGGCCGGACCGUGCGCUGCACCCUUACUGGCCUGAGAGCGGCCGUGCGCGCGUCAGCUUUACGGUGUUGGCUAAGGCGGGCGCUCCAGCAAGGGCGGUGUCCUCCCUGUGUCCUCCCGGCAUCCUCGGGACAGAGCUGUGGUUGUGGAUGGCUCAUGAGACGAAGCAGCCACCGCUAUUUUCCUCUUACUCGUGUAGCUCAGAAGACUGUCCGGGGCCAAAGGCAGUGCUGAAAACCACAACCAUGUUUUUUAAGAGAGUGAAUUCCCCGGUUCUCUUUGCCACGAAGCAAGCACGGGAGGCACCACAGGUUGCUUCUCACCUCACGAUAAACCAUGCCGUGCUGGUGGCGAGGCCAGGCCCCGGAAGCGUCAGGCAGUGCAGGCAGGGCAGAGCGCCCGAUGGCAAGGAAAGCAAAACGCCUCAAUCAAAGGCCAUGUUCUGAUUUUUAAAGAAAGUCCUUACCUCCCCAAGACACUGCUGCUCACUGUGCUCACUGGGGGGACUCAGCAGCCUCCCUCAGAAGCCUUUGCUCUUCAAGAGCAGAUGUUCUUCGCCUCAGAUAUGUUGAUGACGUGCAGCGGUCUGAAGCAGCAGCUUCUCCGUGCCUCAGGCUCCACUGUGUGCUUCAAGGAUUGGUUUUAUGUAGAAGGAUGUCGUCCUCUUGGGAUUCAACUUCCAGUGUCUUUAUUUUUUAUACUUCAAGGUUUUUGUUUUGUUUUGUUUUUAAUUGAAUACUUGAGACUUAUGUUGAUUUUUCUUCUUUAAGUUCUGUGAAUACUCUGCCACGGGGUGUUUGGCAGCAGUGGGCAACUCUUCAUAACUGCUUAAUGGAACUCCUGUCCUUUUGCAGUGGUGUCUUGACUGCUUACACUUGAGACUGUCCCUCUGUGUUCACCCCUCUUGGUAGGAAGGGAUAGUGUCCCUGUUCUCUAGUUGUUGGGGAGCAACCCUGGCUGCCAUCCUGGUAGGACAGCCUUACCGCCUCCCUUACGACCUAACCCCUCCUAUCCUAGUGCCGUGGGAACAGGGUCUACGGAGAGAAGGGGGUACGGAGUCUGGGAAGUAGUUGCCUAAAAGUAGACAGAAAAGGAACAUUCGUGUGUUUCUAAGAUGUGAAUGUGACUGAAGACUCGAAGCCUCCACAAGGCUCUUGUGGCCUCUGGUGUGGCUGUGGCUGUACAUAGACGUUGCAGACUUGUACUAACACACCUAUAAGUUGGUAUUUGUUAAACCUCAUUUAUAAAAGCUUUUAAAAAAAAAAUCAA